AUGGCCGGUCACGCUAUGGAGAUUCCGGAGAUUAUUCAAUCUGCGAGCAUAAAUCACAACCCUGAUCCAGCUCACGAUGUCAAUCCAUCCACCGCAGCUUCAGAAAAACAUCCCGUCGUGGUAGACCCGGACUCCGACUCCGAAACAAACAGCAUUGCCUCCGACAUCAUUAACCCAAGUCGGGUCAUCCAUCCUGUUCGCCGACGUCAAAACCUUCCUCCUCUCCCGGAUCUACGCUUCGAACAGAGUUACCUCGCCAGCAUAAAGGAUGCCGAAUCAUGGGGGCGCGUGGCGUGGAUUACUACUAGGGAUCAGGUGCUACUUCCUCUGAUUCAAGGGACACUCUGGACGCUCGCGCUAUCAGGCUGGCGCUUUUGGAACCGCAACGCUUCUGUCAGUGGACACACACUUGGCAGCAGAGUUCGCAGAUGGUGGUACGAGGUGAACAAUUGGCGUCUUCCACAACUGCCAUCUGUGAGAGAUCCACGACUCGCGUCGCAACUUGAAGAUGUGAGCAAAGUCCCCCUAAUCACCAAUGUUAUUUUGUCUGAUUCCAGCCAGAACUAG